AUGUCGGAAGACAAAGCUUGUAAAACAUUUGGCAUUACUUUAGCUUUAGAGGGGAAACGACUGAGAAAAGUGCUACCCAAAAAUCUGACUAGGCACGCUACAGAACUUAGCGAAGUACAUAUCACUUUCCUCCAUGUCGUUAUCCUAGACCUCGGAAGCUACAGCUUCGAUUUUGAUAAGAUGAAUGGCAGCUUCCAAGCUUCAUCAACAGAACGAAGAGUGGUUACAAGUAUUGAACAAAAUCUGUCUGUGCCUCGAUAUAAUUCUAAUCUUUAUAGGAAAAAUAACAGAGCUGUAUCGAAAAAAAAAGAAAGAUUGACGAUCUCAUCAAAGAUGUUUCAACCAUCAAUACUGCAAAGGCAAGAUUACAAAGACGCUGAAUGUCAGAAGACUUUGAUGGAGUCACUAUAG